AUGCCCUCAUUCGUUCCGGGCGGGAACACGGCAGCCGACUCGCAAUCUUCGGGCGUCGUACACCUCGACCGAGCCGCCGAGUACGGCUUAUCCCCGACCAAGGUCAAUGGACACGUUGUUCGCCAGCCACACUCGCACACGUCAAAUGAGAGUUUUGAUGGGAGCUCGGCCAAUUCAAGCAGCGCGUCUACGAUCUCCGAAACCUCCAUCGAGCCCGACCAACGGGCGAUGAAAAAUAAAGAUCUGCCACAGAGCAUGACCUCACCGCAGAAUGGAAUAGCUGGCGGAGGAGUAGUCAAUGGAGUGGGGGCGUUUGAGGCCGCAAGCCGGAAGUCGCUAGCAUCUAGCCAUUCGGCUUCGCUAGUGGACCGGACGGUUACGAACUCAGGUAUGAAGGGACCUGGAGGCGAGCCAGCUGGUCGAAAACUGAGCGACGGGGCAUCAUAUACUAUCACCACUCCGACUUUCGAGGACGGACCAUCACAGUCCGGCGGUGCCGGGAUAUAUAUGCAUCCCGUGACCAAGGGGGAUGUUCGGACCAUCGAGAACGGAUCGCCCACCGCGACGGCCCCCACCGCGAGCGCCCCUGCGCUUGGCUCUCACACUGCACCCAGUUCGACCUCCAGCUACAAGAACCAGCCUGGGCCCCAGCGAUUCUCGUCUCCCCCUACCUACGACCAACCGAACACGUCCGGCUCGCUGCAAGCGCCCGUCCCCGGGAUCAAGCAUCGGCACACGCUAGAAGUACCUAAAGUUACCUCUGCGCGUGGCUCGCGCGAUGGGGUUGACGCUGCUUAUUCCAGCGGCAGGUUUUCACCAACCAUGGCACCCGCUGGGGGUCGCAGGGCGUCACUAAGCUUAGCCAGGAGAAACACGCGGUCGCUGCAUUCGGAUGGGCCUCGCGAUGAGGUUAUCCCGGAUGAGGACGCCAUGCGGUGGGCGGAAGCAUACCGGCAGAAGCGGGCGAGCAAGCGAAGGAGGAGGGAGAUUGAGGACGACGACAGGGUGCUGGUGGGGACCAAGGUGGACGAGACUCAUGCAAACUGGGUGACGGCGUAUAACAUGCUGACCGGCAUCCGUGUCGCUGUCUCGCGAACCAACGCCAAAUUGGACCGGGCCUUGACCGACGCCGACUUUGAUGUCAAGCAAAAAUCCACCUUUGACAUCGCUGGCAACGAGCUGGUCCCCUCCGCUAAAUACGACUUCAAGUUUAAGGACUACGCCCCCUGGGUCUUCCGCCAUCUCCGCACUCUCUUCCGUCUCGACCCCGCCGACUACCUCAUGUCAUUGACAGGCAAAUACAUUCUGUCUGAGCUUGGAUCGCCCGGCAAGAGCGGGAGCUUUUUUUACUUUUCCCGCGACUACAAGUACAUUAUCAAGACCAUCCACCACGCCGAACACAAGUUUCUCCGCAAGAUCCUGAAGGACUAUUACCAGCACGUCAAGGACAACCCGAACACACUCCUGUCCCAAUUCUACGGCCUGCACCGAGUCAAGAUGCCGUACGGCAGAAAGAUCCACUUUGUUGUCAUGAACAACCUAUUCCCGCCACACCGGGAUAUCCACCAGACAUUCGAUCUGAAGGGCUCGACGAUUGGCCGAGACUACAGGGAGGAGGACUUGGAGAACAACCCAAGGGCCACUCUGAAGGACCUGAACUGGCUGCGGCGGAAGCGGGCUAUCGAGCUCGGCUUGCAGAAGAAGCGUUUGUUCCUGGAGCAACUGUACAAGGAUGUGCGGCUCCUGCAAAGACUGCAGAUUAUGGAUUACUCUUUGCUCGUUGGCAUCCACGAUCUCCAGCGGGGCAACGAGGAGAACCUGAGGGACAAGACCCUGCGUGUUUUCAAUCCAGGGGGGAACAACCCGGCCUCGGAGGAGCUCGAUCCCCAUUCUGUGCUCAUGCGGACACCUUCCAAGCUCGAAAACCAACGAAAGGCGAGAGAGCUGCGCCAGAUGAUCCAGUCGGAAAAGCCGGUGCCGAUGGGGGAGACGAGUAGCAGGAUGCCGAAUGAACUCGAAGAAGGGCAGAACCGGCCAGGGUUCAUCUUCAACCAGGAUGAUGGCGGCUUCCGGGCAACACAUGAAGACAACACGCCAGGAGAGGAAAUCUAUUACUUGGGCGUUAUCGACUGCCUUACUCACUAUGGCAUGAUCAAGAAGAUAGAACACUUCUGGAAAGGCCUUUCGAGUGAUCGCAGUCAAAUUUCCGCCCUUCCACCUCACGAAUACGGGGAGCGGUUCAUCAACUUCAUCUCCAGCAUGACCAUGUCACAAGAAGAAGCGAUUCGGGCUGCCCAGGAGAGGGACGCAGCACUAGCAGCAGAAGCAGCAGAGACAUCCGAAGUUGCGCCACCGGUACCCAACUACCGACCCCCAUUGCCACCAGGGCAGCACGAAGCGGCCGACGACGAGGCGGAUGUACCGGAGCGGGUAUUGAAGACGACUGUUACUGCACCUCCCUCCACCAAUGCUGGAGUAGGGAAGGGGACCCACGGUUCAAGCGCGCCGCCAAACGAUCGCCGAGAGACGACAGUUCUCCCAGUCGUGGAAGAGGCAGCGGAAGGUAUAUCUACCGGCGACCGCAGUCGGAACAGCCAUAUCAGCAGCCUAACCGCCGAGAGCGAUCUCCGACCCCUCACACCAGCCAAGGAAGGCGAGGAACUGGCCGCCGGGUUCGGGAAUCCACUCCUUGGGAGCCGUGACGGCAGCAGGGGCAGCAGUCUCAAGGCACGGCCGCCGCCGACACCUCCCAAAACUGGCCACGGAUACUUCGAACAAGCCAAGUCGGAAAGCGCCGACAGCGGAUACGGUGUCGGCACCAGCACCAGCAGUGCCAACGGCGCCCCUAACGGCAACGCCAAUGGCGGACUGCGCAGCCGCGCCGGGUCUCAAAAGUCGCUGCGGGCGCCACCACAGCUCAGCCGCGAUAGCCUGGACAAGGCUCUACCGCCGCUCCCGCGAUCCGGAUCAGCCCAGCCACAAAACGUGUUGUAG